CAUUUGAAAGAAUACAUUUAAAGGAAAUUAAACUACUAUUUGUCGUCGUUGAAUUAUUUAUCGUAUUUAUCGUCGUUGAAUUAUUUAUUAUCGUCGAAUUAUUUAUUGUUGUUGAAUUAUUUAUCGUCGAAUUAUUUAUCGUCGUUGAAGAAUUAUUUAUCGAAGAAUUAUUUGUCGAAAUAUUUAUCGAAUUAAUUGCCGAAUUAAUUGGGGGUAAAUUAAUCGGAG